AUGAUCAAGGUAAAGGGCCAGAUUAGCGAAAUUGCCAACUCAUUGGUAGACGAAAAUGACGGCAUUCGCAACCUUGCCAAGCUAUUCUUCUACGAGCUAUCGAAAAAAGGUAACAAUCCUAUUUACAACAUGCUGCCGGAUGCAAUUGGCCAACUGUCUACGAGCAAGCUUGUUUCCAAUUCCGACUUCCAGGCAAUCACGCGAUUUCUCAUGCAGUUCAUUACAAAGGAAAAGCAAAUCGAGAGUAUCGUUGAGAAGCUGACUCAGCGUUUUCUGACGGCCUCUAAGGCACAACAGCAGCGGGACUUGGCGUAUUGUUUGGCGCGUCUAUCACACACGGAGAAAUCGCUCAAAUACCUGUACCAGAAUCGCAAGCUGUACAGCGAUGCACUACAUGAUAGCGUGGUUGCUGACAACUUUAUGUCGCUGGUCGCGAAGGCUCGUCGGGGCAAUAGUACGCUGAUAACGACGAGUGAGAUGAAGGAAGCCAUUGAUGUGCUGGACCAGUUUGUGGUUGGUAAAAAGGAAGGCAAGGAAGAGGAUGAUGAACCCAUGGACGGUGAAUCAAGGGAGCAUGUUUCAUCGCCGCAAGCUAAGAGCAGGGCCAAGCGCAAACCCCCCACCAAAGGUGCGAAGGCUUCUCGAGUUAUUCCGAAGAAGAGAGGACGAGCUAAACGAAAAGCAAGCGCUCGCAGUAAAAAAGCUACCCGUGUGGUGAGCGAUGGCUCUUCAGACGAAGAGUAA